UCUUCAUCUUCAACAAAAAAGAAGAGGGGAAAAUAAAUGACUAGGGCUUUGCGAUCAGACAUAUAUAUAUAUAUAUAUAUAGAGAGAGAGAGAGAGAGAGAGAGAGAGAGAGAGAGAGAGGAAAAUAUCUGAAUUGCGGAAUCAAAGGAGAUGAAGCCGAAAACGAAGAAGCGCAAGUUAUUGAAAAAAAGCAUUAGGGUUUCAAGAUCGGAGCGGAAGAAGUCUUCGGAGGAGAAAUCGAAGAAGCGUAGAAAACUUUCAGAGGAGGAGUUGAUGGAGAGAACAAUGAUAUACGGAGGUACAAUUGUCGAAUAUGACCGAGAUGAUUCCAGCAGAUAUUUUCUCGGAGAGGAUCUCGAAUCUCUUGUCAACCUAGCAAUUGAUUUUUAUAACACAAACAAUUGCAAGGAUUACCGUUUGGUGCACCUGGUAAGAGCAAUCUAUCACUCUUGCCAGGGUUCUUUGUACUAUAUGACCAUGAAAGCCAAGCUUCCGAACCAAGAUGAUUCCGAUGCCGUAACUUUCGAGGCAAAGGUUUACGAGGGGAUCCCAGACACUGUAGUACACUAUGUUCGUGUGCUUGAUGAUGCACCUGCUGCACUUGCACCUCUCGCCGCAUAGCUCCUAUUUAUCGGUGAUUCCAGCCUCCAGGUUCAGAGCUCGAAAAAUGUUAAUCUUGAUGCGUUUUGUGGUUGUCCAAUUUAUGUAUCUUCUCUUAGAGAAGCUAUAUAUAUAUGUAUGCUUAUGGAAUAUGAAUUUGUUCUUCCUUUUAAUAUAUAUGUAUUUAGAAUCUCUGUUUUACUCGUGAAUUUUACCAGAUUUUA